AUGCGGCAGCAGGGGGAGCAGAUCGGAAAGCUCCACGAGAUGAUGGCGCGACAGACGGCGGCGGCGACAUCUAUGCCGAGAGAUCCGCCCACACCUGUUGCACCCGUAGCACCACCCCCUGCGAUGGCGGCAGCGCCAGUGACGGCUGUUCCUCCGGCGGCAUCGGGUUCAUCGGCUCCUAUACCCAGUGAGCUUGGGGCCGAGAAGGAACGAUCAUUGGCGGCUUUGACGACCUUUAAAAGGUUCAACCCUCCGACAUUCGAUGGUGAUGUCAAGGAUCCGUGGACAGUGGAGACAUGGCUGUCCGCGAUGGAGGCAUUGUUCAAGGAUAUCUACACCCUCGAGAAGGAUAAAGUUCGCCUUGCGGCCCAUUGCUUUGAGGGGUCGGCGAGGAUGUGGUGGGAUCAAGCAAGGAAGAAUCGCUCGUUGGACACUGCUUCCGUCACUUGGGAGACAUUUCGGGAGAUGCUACUGUUGGAGUACUUCCCCGAUAGCGAUCGGCGGAAGAUCAAAGAGAACUUUCGCAAGCUAAAGCAAGGCAAUCGGUCGGUGCGGGAGUACGAGCGGGAGUUCACGCACAUGAUCAAUUGUGUGUCGGAUUUAGUCCACGGCGAUAGAGACCGAGCGGAGGUGUUUGAGCAUGGGUUGCGGCCGGAGAUCUUCAAGACUGUUCAUGCAUUCCGGCUCAAGACCUAUGAGGAGGUACUCGACCGUGCACUAUGGGUCGAGAGCGGCAACGCCAUUGCGCGAGACGAGCGCGAGGCAUAUAAGCGAGAGAAGGAUAGGGAGAAGGCCAAGAAGCGACCGGCUGGUGGGUCGGCGGGUCAAUCGAGUUCUAAGCGACCCCCGCGACCUCAGCGAUCAUAG